CCUGGUUCUGCAGUCAGCUUCGAAUUAUGAGGUACCUCAGCGGUACGGUCGCAUCUCUACUGGGGAUAGCAGACCUUGUGUGGGUAUUCAUCUUACACACCCCACGACUCCAUUAUGUUGAUGCUCUGCACUCGAAGUACCACUUCAACCGAACAUGGCUGCAAUCGUCUCAAAGACGAACAAUCCUGAUGAUGAAGCCCUCAUGGACAACAAAAGCCAAGCGGAACAUACAUCGGACCGGGGCCUGAUCAUUGAGAAAGAUGUCGAAGAUGCACAGGUCGACGUUGUCGCCAUCCACGGACUUGGCGGUGGAAGGAGAAAAACCUGGACUCUAGAAACCGACGAGAAUGAUUGUUGGCUUCCAACUGUUUUCCCAGGGCGAGUCAUGCUCUAUGGCUAUGAUACUACUAUCGACUCGUUCCCUUUCAGGCGACGCGAUAUUAUCAGAGAAGCAAGGCUCCUGCUCCAAAGUCUUCAAAAGCGUCGCAACGAGGAAAAACUAUCCAGACGACCAGUCAUUUUUGUAUCCCACGGUCUAGGUGGACUUAUAGUCAAAGCUGCAAUUACUAUUGCGUCCAGAGACCCUAAGGUAUAUGAAUAUCUGCUUCCCGCUGUGCGCGUGCUCGUCUUCUUCGAAUUCCCUCACAUGCUGGACAGCAUUGGCUUCCUCGAGGUGGAUCUGCGAGCACAUAUGACCGAGGCGCUGGGGAUAGUCAUGGACAAAGACGCAGAAUAUCUGCUUGAUACGUCUCGCGUUCUAGCUGAGACCAUUGAAGAAGUAAACGAAAUGUUCCUGCACUCAAACAUGACGGUUCAAGCGCGCAUUAUCGACUACCACAGCCAAGCCACCCUCCCUGGAUCCUAUUUUCGAGGCUUCGGUAAAGUAGUUACCAAGCUGAGGCCAAGUUUCGGCUUUAAGCAGGCAGUCGUCAGGGAACAUAGGUCCGUAACACGACUAAAUGACCUAGAGGUAACCGAGCUGCAAUCAGAAGCAGAGCUUUGGAUAACAAAGGGUCCUUCACCAGACCACGAUCAAGCGAUACGAGAUUUCGUCUCACAAGCCUCUCCGAUGUUUCCACCUGCCCCUAGUGCAAUCCCAACGGCCCUUAUACCAGCUAUUCAAAAGCUACUGGAGGCGGAUCACAACGUGGUUCUGCAUGUACAGACUGCCCCUGGUGAUAAUUCACCUGUGUUCGAAGGCAUAUGUUCUUACCUUUUUUCGGAAGAGAAAAACCAUGGAUUCUUCAACUUCAAGUUCGAUGACUCCGAUGUGCGCUUUAACUCCAUCGACAACAUGCUACGCACCAUAACCUGUCUGCACAUGUACGAGCAGAUUACGGAUGAAUCCACUCGCAGCCUUGCGUCUUACUUGACAAAAUUCUCGUCGAUCGGUACACGGGACUUGCUACAUUAUCUUGGGCGAGUCAUUCCCGUCGAUUUAUCAAAUCUAAACACCUUCGUCUAUGUCAUCGAUGGUCUCGACAAGUGCGGAGAAGGUGCCUCUGAGUUUGUUGUCUACCUAAACCAUCUACUUGGGAUCGAAGCCCAUCGAUUUAAAUUCAUUAUUAGGACGACUUCAGGGGCAAACUAUCACCUCCUAUCUGAAUUUUCUCGGAUACCAUCCGAUUUCUUGGCCACUUUUGUUAUGGAGCAGAAAGAAGGCGACAUCAAGAUCGUAGCCCCUCAGCUAUGCACUGGCCGCACAGGAUUUAAUUCUGAAGCACUUAUGGUCCUCGAUGAGCUGGAAAAUAUGUUUGGCGAAGACUUGUGCCUGCUAUCGAUCUUGCAGAACUGGCUUAACUCGGAUUCCCGAACUUUGACUUCAGUGGAAAAAGAUCUCAUGAAACUGAAGGGCGCGACAUCAAGUCAAAUAUUUGCAGCGUUACUAUCCGACAUGCCACCGGAACGCCACACUUGGGCUAACACCAUCUUGCUUUGGGUUUCUCUGGCCUUCCGCCCUCUCUUGAUUGAAGAGCUAUGCCUCCUGUCAUACCUGAUCCGCUUCAAGACCCAUAAAGGUGCUAGAUACGAAAACUAUCAACAAAUCCUGGGUUUCUUCAACGGAAUACUGAAAAAAUACCAUGGGGAAGUGCGCUUUGCACAUCCUGACAUCCACCCAUGGCUUGAAUCUGACGCGGUAGAAUAUGGGCCCUACUUGUCUUCAACACAAGCUUGGUGGCAGGAGAUCCAACGAGGAGAGGAGGGCCACGCUCAAAUCCUCAGGACAUGCCUGGAAUACCUGAUCAUGCCAUACUUACUCUGUUUCACUGAUUGGCCAACUGCUCAUCCCUUCCCUUACGCCGCAAUGUACUGGCCAUCCCACUUCAGAAUGUCUGGAAACAGCCCCUCAGCCGCCUCAGCAAAGGCCUUGGCUGUCCCAUUCCUGCAAGACCAUGCCCUGCGGCUACAGUGGAUGGGAUACUAUUCGUCCCAUGCGAAUUGUUUGGCUCGUCCGGAACCCGAUACUCAUGAGCCAGCUGCAAUUGCAGCAAACCUUGGGCUGGAAGAUCUAGUCGAAAAACUCACUCUUACCGCAGAUAUCUCUGGCAAACCUACAAGCGAGGCCAUCUCUAACAUUAUGGUAGAGGCGGUUAGGAGUGGUGACAUCAACCUGGUACGGAGGUUUCUCCCCACUUCUUCAACACGGUUACGACUCGAAGACCCACGCCUUGAGAGUCUUGUGAGGGCUGCAGUCACCUCUGGUUGCAGCGAUAUCGUGGACGAGAUUGUGAAGCGCAUGCCAAGUGCUCGUGUGGAAGGAUCACACCUGCCUUCAUGGACUUCUGAUUUAUUUCUCAUGGCCGUGUGGACUGAUAAUGCGGAUCUCGCACGAUGCCUCCUUGACCUGGGCACAGAUCCUUGUGUUAUAUUCAAAGUUGAAGACGGGGGCUCGAAUGGUCCUUUUGGCAUUGCAGUAAUGCGUAACGCGAUCAGUCUCAUCAGCCUACUUAUUGAAAGAGGUUAUGAUAUCAAUCCCGGGAAAGGCAUCGAGAAACCGAAUUUUCUCGUUACAGUCGCCGUCUGGGGCACCCCAGAGGUAAUUCGGCUCCUCUACGCCAAAGGCUUGCAUCCAAAUGCUGUCAAUGACUUGGGUGAUACAGUAUUUGAAAUUGCCGUAAGAUGGGGCCGUCACGUCGUUUUGGACACUCUAUUAGAGCUCGCUGAGCUCGGGGAAUAUCUGCGCCACGGUUCUGAUCAUCCUCUCAUCACUACAGCCCGCCGCGGUUACGCCAAGUGCAACGAGAUCCUACUGAAGCAUGGUGCAGAUCCCAACGCGAUCGAUAAGCGUGGCAAUGCUCUCAAGUGUGCAAUUCUCUCUGAUAACUGGCGAGUCUGUCAACAACUGUUUGAACAACCUAAACUUGAUGUCGACCAUGGCGGCUCAGAUGGCAAAGCUCCUUUACUGGUUGCCAUUGGAGUGAAGUGGGAAAAGGAAAUUGUCAAAGGCCUGCUCGACCGCGGUGCGAAAAUUGAGGCCAGGGAGCCAGGGGAUUGGAAACGUACAUGCUUACUGCUGGCUUCCGCAAGAGUUUCACCACUGGGCGAGGUCAUCAAAAUCCUCUUGGAGCACGGUGCGGACAUCACCGCUCGGGACUCUGAGGGUUGGACGCCACUCUUUACCGCUGUAAUAUUUGGGUCCCUCAACGUGAUCCAGCAGCUGAUUGAUGCUGGGUCCGACGUCUCUGCGGUAUGCGGACCUGAAAAGCAGAAUCUUUUACAUGCGGCAGCCUAUCGCCCAAAGGUGAUACCGGUUUUAUUGGCCAAAGGCUUGGAUCCCUCCAUGAAGGGAAUGGCCGAAUAUUCCCCUCUGGAGAUUGCAGCCUCCAGGUCCGCUGAAGGACUCCGGCUGAUGCUGAACUGUCCACUAGAAAACAAAACUGCCCUGUCUGUUUCUCUCUGGCGGGCUGUUUUGGAUGGCAAUGAGGAAUCAGUGGAACUUUUACUCGAGGCUGGUGCCGACGUAAACUAUACCGACAGUACCCGAACGCCCUUGUUGUGCUAUGCAGUGCAUAAAGGAUACGACGCUAUAGUGCAGCUGCUCCUCGAAUUUCGAGCCGAUGUCAAUUCCAGGGACGCCCAUGGUGACAACGCAUUGCACUAUGUCGGACGCUCGACCUCGUUGGCCGUGGUGAAACGUUUGGUUAAUGCCGGGGCCAAGUUGGAUGCAACAGGCCAAACGGGAAUCACUCCGCUGGUCAACGUUAUCAGCUCGGGUAACUUGGACAUUUUCUACUAUUUGCUCUCCAAGAAGGAGACGCGACUCUCGAUAAACGUGGUGGGCGAGUACGGAGCGGCUUUGCAUCGUGUCUGCCGCUGUAAUUUAGGAAACAACCUCGAGCCUAUGCGGCUCCUGGUCGACAAUGGCGCCGAUGUGAACCUGGACUGUGCCGGAAACCUUAUAGGCACGCCACUGUUCCAAGCCUGCUUACGAGCCGGAGACAACUACGCUCCCUUGAAGGAAGAAAUGGUCACCUACCUGCUUGAGAAUAACGCAAAGGUCGACAGCUUGCACAAUGACACCUUGCCGAUCCACGCUGCCAGCAUGUGCUGCAGUGUCAACAUUAUUAAGAUUCUUAUAGGCAAGGGUGCAGACCCGGAAGCCAUUGAUAACCUCCAUCGCAAACCCCUUCACCUAGCAUGUUAUAACUCGCUUGCAGCUGUCGAGGCGCUGAUCGCGGCUCUCGAGGAGAGAGGCGCAUCUGCUGAAUCGUCAUCGAACGCGGGGUUGGGUCAUGACUUUGGCUUGAAAGACGUGCUUGGAAGGGUUCCGCUGCACUACACUGUCGCUACGGGUGAUAUUGCUCUCAUCACAUAUGUCCUUGAGCGAAGCCUCGCUGCUGGUCUCACAGUCAACGUGCCGGAUAACGAUGGCUGGACCCCACUACUGUGGGCUCUACGUGAUGCGGAUCUAUUCGAAUGGGGGGAUGAUGGCCGCGACCGCCGCGUAGACGAGGUGGUCAGGCUGCUACUCGAUCGCGGUGCCGACCCGGCGGUCCGUGUCAGCGUCCCCGCCAUCAUGGAUGCGCCAGAAAAUGAAUGGUUUGCUGUGGAUGUCGGCAGAUAUUACGGUACCUCCUCGGAAGUAAUCGGGCUGCUUGAGGAGAGGCUUCCGCAGGUGCGAGACCGAUACAAGUCUGCCAAGAUUGGUGAUCCGUUUUUGCGUCAGUUCUGUGAUGGGUGUGAUUUGCAACUGGUUGGCAUUUACCACAAGUGUCAGAACUGUCCAGACUAUAUGAUCUGCUUCAAGUGCUACGGCCACUUUGAAAAGUUCCAUCCGCCGCACGACUUUGUGCAGGGAGGUACCCACCACGGCGUCGAAGAUGAAGAGGUGGAGGCUGCAGGGCCGGUUGCGGGCUCGUCUCCGCGGGAGACAGACAACGGUAAAAAUGAUGAUGAUGAUGAUGAUGAUGAUGAUGAUGAUGAUGAUGAUUUGGAUCUGAACAGUGAUGUUAUCAGUGACGAUGAUAUUAGCUGA